AGAAGAACCAGCUAGAGGCUCUGCACUUCGUCUUUGUCUUCCUGCAGCCCAGACGCUCACAGCCCCCUGCUGGACCAGAGGCCUCCGGAGAGGAGAGAGCAGAAGGCCCUCGGAACCUGAGGCCACAGUGAGAGCUUCACUGAGAACAGAAAAUCCUUUGACGUGUGGCGACAGCUCUCAUUCUCCCACAGGCAAAAUGAACACGGAUUUGAUGCCGCAGAAUCUGCUGGACACCCAGGCAGGGAAAGCAUUAUGCAAGGCUGGUGUCAGUCUGCAAAGGGACGAAGAUGACAUUCUUCCAUAUGAAGAUGUGGAGUGGCAAGAUGGUGACCUGUCAGCUGAAGAAAGAAUAUUUUUGGAAGAGUUUCCCAUCUUGAAAGGGGAGCUGGAAGUGGGCAUCAGAAAGCUUCAUACCCUUGCAGACCAGGUCGACACAACCCACAGAACACUCACCAAGACCAGCAUAGUGGCCAAUUCCAUCACUGUGGUCUCAGAAGUCAUGAGCAUCCUGGGCUUGGUCCUCGCUCCGGCAGUAGCAGGAGGAAGCCUGGUACUCUCCGCUGCUGGUAGAGUUUUGGGGAAAGCAGGGGAGAUCACCAGCAUCUUGACCAACGUUCUGGAACGCUUUCACAGUCAAGAAGCCCAAGCUUAUGUCGGUAGCCUAGUGCCCACCCGUGCCCAAGAGGUCAGGGGAGCUGGGGCAGCCUAUGUCUUGGCUGCCGGAAAGGUGGUCCAGGAUUGUGAAAGCACCGUCAAGGAUAUCCGGAAGAGCAUCCGUGCCUUUCAGAUAGCCAGGGCCAACCCGCGCCUGGCCGCUGCCGCCAAGAAUCUCCUGACCACUGGCCAAGUCUCAGCCCGGAGGAGCAGGCAGGUGCAAAGGGCUUUUGAAGGUACCACGCUGGUGAUGAAAACAAAGGCUCGCUUGCUGGGUACUGCAAUGGCUGGCUUCUCCCUCAGCGUGGUCUUGGCCUCCCUCCUGAAGGACUGGAAACAGCUGAAGGAGGGAACAAAAUCAGAGCUUGCGGAAGAGCUAAGGGCGCAGGCUUGGGAGCUGGAAAGGAAGCUGACAGAAUUCACCCAGUGCUAUGAGAGCCUGCAGCAGAAGAAACUCUCCCAAGAAAAAAAGCCUGUGAGCUCGUCUUCGGAAGGAACCAUGGGGACUGUACCUCUGCCACCAGGGAAAGCAGGAUCCCAGGGGACAGGAGAGGAUGAAGACAAUUGAGCCCAGGGGUCUCUGAGUGGAAGAAAAGGGGACCACGGCGGUGGUGGGGCCAGGUUGGCAGAGGCAAUGCCUGGAGACUCAGCAGCUGACAGGUCUACAAGGGUGUUGAGGGCACUGUCAGUGGUGAGUGUCACACUGUAAGUUAAGGGAGGUCAGCCUGUCCCAUCCCGCCCUCCUUCAUGUGUGUAACUCAUUUCCUGGACCCCUUCACCGCCCCUGCUCCCUCCCUCGCAUGCAGAGUCAGCCCAUGUGAAACGUGUAUUAUUUGACCCCAGGCCCUGUAUUAAGUGCUGACACCAGAUGGAAGGGCUCUGGGAAUGAAGGGUAUGCUGGGUUCUCUCUUUUGUAUCAACUCAGCUUGUGUUGGCCCUCUGUCCUCCCCCUCCCCGACCUGGGCAGUAAUCGCUGGAGAAGAUCCUGGGUUUGCACAUAAAAGGAUGUCACCGCAACCUGCUCGGCCUGAUUCCCAUCAGGAAGGAGCCCCUCCAUCCUCCCCACAACAGAAGUUCUUGGGCUCCUCAAGACACAGGAACCUGUAGGAACUCUCCUGGCUUCCCCGUUCACCCAUCUUACACCUAUUUUUUUCUUUUCUAUGUUUCAGCUGCUAUUUUAAAAGUAGUGUAUGGACAUUCAGUACAACUUUUUAAAAUACAGGAAACUAAAGAAUAGGGGGAAAGGGGCUUCCCUGGUGGCGCAGUGGUUGAGAGUCCACCUGCCGAUGCAGGGGACACGAGUUCGUGCCCCGGUCCGGGAGGAUCCCAUAUGCUGCGGAGCGGCUGGGCCCAUGAGCCAUGGCCGCUGAGCCUGCGCGUCCGGAGACUGUGCUUCACAAAGGGAGAGGCCACAACAGUGAGAGGGUGCUGGUAUUUUGGUGGAGAAUUUUCUUUCUGUGCUUUUCUUGCUUUGGACAGUACUGCCUGCUGGGGACCCUCUCUCAAGGCUGCAUUGUAGAGUAGAUUUUUUUUCUGUAACUCACUGAGUUUUCUUUCUCUUGCAUUCUCAACUCCCUCAUUUGCCUACAGAUCUAUAACUUUCCAUUUUGUUGUUUUCACUUAGCAAUGUUUUCUACCCUUCCAUGUUUCACAGAGUUUUUAUAGACAUUACUUUUCCAUGUUGCAAAAUAUUCUCUUGACUGUACCUACAACGCUUUAAUUAGACAUAUAUUGGUCAUCAUUUUGUUAAGUGGCCAAAACCAAUUCAAACUGGCCUAUGACAAAGAGAGGACUUUAUUGGCUCAUGUACUUAAAAAGCUUAGGGGAACAGUGGGCUUCAGGUGCGUGUGGAUCCAGAGGCUAAAAAUGAUGUCAUCAAGCAUCUGUCUUUCCAUUUCUCACACAGACUUCCGCCCCAUUCAGGCACCGUGGCCUCAGCACCUCCAGGUGUGCCUGCUGCCAGCUGGGGGACUCCCACAUGGAAAGGGGCGGGGCAAAAGUCCAGGGACCCACUCUGACUGGUCAGGACUGGGUCAUGU